GGGAGAGAAUGGACGCAUUGAGAGCCACAUACGGAGGCUCUUUGUCCGAGUCGGACUCCGAUUCCGAUUCCGAAUUGAAAGACUCGCCUCCAAGUAGCAACGGUACCCUCCAUAAUUCAAAUCGUGAAGAAUCGGAACGUUUGCCGCCACCGCCGCUCGAUCUUCUUCACCCACUUAACUCUCUGGAUUACUUGCAAGCUGGUCAGGGUAAUCGAGUUAGGAGCUUUCCACAUGUUGAGGGAAAUUACGCUCUACAUAUCUAUAUUCCAGUUUAUAUACCCCCUGCAACAAGGAAAGACCUGGCACCGUUUCUGAAAAGAGUCGCAUCUCUUAUGCCUGGCCUUCAUGUUGUUGACAUUGAUAUUCCACUUGAUGUGCUUUGCAAAGAUGAUCAAAAGCUUGAACAAGUUGCCUUAGGAAGGGAAUUCCAUAUAAGUUUGGGGAGAACUGUUCCAAUUCGAGUGCACCAAAUUGAUUCAAUAGUUGCAAUGCUUCGCCAAAAACUUCAGCCUUGGAGACGAUAUUGGAUAGACUUUAAUAAGUGGGAGGUCUUUGUCAACGAUGACCAUACACGAUCAUUUCUUUCAAUGGAAGUUAUUACAGGAGGCUUAGCCGAGAUUACAAGGCAGAUUCAUGCUGUGGAUGAGAUUUAUAGGCUACACAAUCUCCCUGAGUUUUACAAGGAUCCGCGCCCGCAUAUAUCCGUAACAUGGGCAUUGGGUGACAUCAGUCAGUCACUCAAACGGGUGAUUGAAGAACUGAACAGAUCCCAUAACAGUGGGAACUUUUCACAGAAACAUAUUUUAACCUGUAAAUUCAGUGGCAUUGAGUGUAAGAUAGGCAACAAAACCUAUAAAUUAUGUAAAUUCCCAGAAGAAUAAAAUUGUUCUUGAUUUUAGUAGAAUCUUCUGACUUUUGUUCA